AUGGGCCUGCUCAGCUUCCUGUCGGCGGCCAAAGAACGGGCCGAGAAGUUCCUCAACGAAAAGAACCUGGUCACCGACUUCCUGGGCAAGGUGGAGGAGAAUACCGGGAUCAAGAAGAAGAUCCUCGCCCUCGGUGCCGUCUCUGUGACUGGAUUCUACCUGGUCUACGGUUACGGCGCCUCCCUGCUCUGCAACCUCAUCGGUUUCGUCUACCCGGCGUAUUACUCGGUCAAAGCCAUCGAGAGUACCAACAAGGAAGACGACACAAAAUGGCUGACCUACUGGGUGGUCUACGGAGUCUUCAGUCUCGGGGAGUUCUUCUCCGACAUUUUCCUCUACUGGUUUCCCUUCUACUACGCUUUUAAGUGCUUGUUCCUGUUGUGGUGCAUGGCUCCCGUGGCGUGGAACGGUUCCCAGGUCCUCUAUAACCGGGUGGUCCGACCCGUUUUCCUUCGCCACGAAGCCACCGUGGACAACAUGGUCAGCGACCUCAGCGGAAAGGCCAUGAGCGCGGCGGAGAACCUCACCAGAGAAGUUUUGUCCACUCUGGUGAAGAACAAAGGCCUGGUGUCACCCGAAGCCAAAAGUCUGCCGAGUGCGAGCGGAGAAAGUUCUGCCGGGGGAAAAAAAGUCAGUGAGCCAGCGCCUUUCAUUGGUUAA